AGGACCUCGGCAUUGUGGCCCGGUGUUGCUGCUGUGCGCCGCUUGUUCUUGGAAACUGCGUCAGGGAGCAGCUGAGGGAGGCUUAACAUUUCAAACUUCUGGCGGUAGGCAACAAAGUUUCCACCGUGAAAAAAAGACACUGACAUGCAGCAGCAGCAGCAGCAGAGACAGAGACAGAGACAAACUUGGACCAGGGCAGCACCUCAGUGGUUGCUUAAGUUUCUGAAGAUGUCCUGUCAGCUGGAAGGAGGCCUGCAGCAGGAACCCCGAGCAAAAUCUGAAGACGCUGUUAACGUGACAUGCACUGACGGAUUCGGACCCGGGGACGGAGGACAGGGUGGCGUGGCCCUGUCCCCUGUGGCGGGAGAACAGCAGCAGCAGCAGAAAGCGCGCAAGAUGACCCGCAGCCCCAAAUGUGCGCGCUGUCGGAACCACGGCGUCGUGUCGUGUUUGAAAGGCCACAAACGCUUCUGCAGGUGGAGGGACUGUCGCUGCGCCUGCUGCCUGCUGGUGGUGGAGCGACAGCGCGUCAUGGCAGCGCAGGUCGCGCUGAGGCGGCAACAAGCUGCAGAGGGUAAGAAGGGGGUCAAGUGUGCUGCUCCACUGCGGCGGACAGCGUAUCAGCGUUACAGCAGAGUAACCGAGCCAAGCAUCCUGGCGAAGAACAUUCUGCAGGGAAUGAGACCAGCGGUGCCUCUGGAGGAAGACGCCCCCUGCUGGCCUAAGCAGGCACAGCGCGAUCAAACACACGUGGCGUGCCCGUCCAUCAGUGCCCGGAUGAGAAAGCGGCGAGCCUUCGCUGACAAGGAGCUGGAGAACGUGAUGCUGGAGCGAGAGCUGAGACAGCGGGAGCUGCAGAGCGACUUUCCCUUCCCCGCCUCGGUCCUCAUCCCCGUGCUGCACCCUCCGCCGCUGCCCGUCUCCCCCAGCCUCCACUGCUGCACGCUCAGCAAGGACCCCACUGCUGCAGGAGCAUCCGGCUACGUGUAUAAAUACAAGCCUCCGCUGUACGAGUGCGACUUCCAGUUCUGUCACUUCUUCCACCUGAAAAGCAGAUCGUCUGCAGAAGGUGACAAUCGUGACUUUUUCAGGUCCGAGCAGGCCAGGGGCGAUGAGGAGGUGCUGAAGGGUUGGAAAAUGUGUGAGAACAAAGACCAACAGGAGCCGAUGCAUCUGCCGUCAGAGCAAGGACUCAAAAAUCACGGCAAACCCGUCCAAUUGCCCUCAGAACCACCACCAGAAAUAAUGGACUCAAAUGGCUCUUCAGACAUCACACAGUCUGUUUUUAGAUCAGAUCAGAGUAUCCUGGGAGGACCAGACAUCAGUGAGCCCAGCAGGACUGAUUCCAGACCUCUGACAGCGAAGGGCUGGAGCACAAACACUCCUGCCGCCCCGGCAGGUCCUCACGCCGACUCUGUCAAGAGCCCUCAUGGUAGCUCCAACCGGACUCCCACUGUGAGGCCAUUACCUUUCUCUGUAGAGGCCCUGCUCAGGACCUGACAGGCAAAUGGAAAGUGAUGUAGAGCACUUUGUUUAUGUGUGGACCAAGCAGUGAUGAAGAGGGUAUAAAUAUAAAAAUGGCUGGCUGUACUAGAGGUUGUACUGGAUGAAAGAGGACGCUGCAAUAAAGUGGUGAUAUAUAUAUAUAUAUAUCAAGAGGUGAAAUAUAUAUAUAUAUAAA